AUGGAGAGAGAUUCCGCCUAUGACGCUGGAAGAAAAAGCAGGAUCACAAUGAGUGACUCGGACGAGCAUCAUGCUGCGCCUGAAGCAGGAGCGGUCAAGAAAGACCUGAUCUACAAGAUGAAGGCCUUCAAGAGAAGGACCCUUCACUCAGUUCAGAAGGUUGUUGGCAAGGUGCAGGAGACGAAAGACAUCGAGUUCGACGAGCUGUUCGAGAAGUUCCUUGACGUGAGCGCAAGGAUGGAGAAGCUGAACAGGAGCGCGCACAGAUACAUGGAAACGCAGAUGAAAUUCCUACAGUCAGGGUACGACAAUGACCCACAACUGAAGAGAAUCGCGAUGGACUUCGAUUCAUCUCACGAGACCCUUGUCUCUUCCGUUGGUCCCAGACUUCAGGACCGCUGGCUCUCCUCCAUCGUGGAGCCCUUGGACAAGGUUGUUGAGAGGUUCAAGGAGAUCAAGAACGAUGCGGAGAGAAGGAAGAGAUAUCUGGCAGAUUACGAUCAUUAUCGUUUGAAGAAGAAAGGGCUCGAAGACGACGCGAAGAAGGAGAAGAAUCAAGAGAAGCUGCGCGAGUGUGAGGAGAAGCUAUCAGCAGCUCAGGCGAAGUACUUCACCAUGAACGAGAAACUUACCAUCAGGUUGCGGGCGGCGGAGUACAACAAGACUGCCUUGCUCAACGAUCCUCUCCUAGCGGCGAUCUCAGUGCAGCACGACCUCUUUAGCCAAGGCAACGCGGACUUUGAAGUCUUGUACACGAAAUCGAAGGAGCCCAACGUCGCAGAGGCUUUCCAGGCUUGCAGCGCAGAGGCUGAGGAGUUGGCACAGAUCGACUCGCAGCUCCGCAGCAUCUCCUUGUCAUCUGUCAAUCAUCGGGAAAGGAACUCGUUCGAUCAUCCUCCUCAAUCUCACGGGUUUGCGAGCACAAGUGAGCAACACAGAGGGUUUGAAGACGAUUUCAAUAAGCCCACUCCUUCCAACUUCAAUGACAACACCUUUGGGAUGUUUGAAGACGCGAGGUCGUUGGACCCGAGCCCUCACGUACAGGCUCUCUUCGCCUACGAGGCUGCCGCUGAGAUCGAGCUCUCCCUGGAGGAGAACGACAUCAUCGAGGUGUUGCGUGAGGACGACAGCGGCUGGUGGCAGGGGAGGAAGGAUGGGAGAGUUGGCUGGUUCCCUUUCAACUACGUCGAGAUCAUCUGA